GCGUGUUCAUCCGCCGCCGCCGGACCGGUCACGAUCGUCUACCCAUCGGAAGCGAGCUGUUUUUCGUCUACGCUGCAGCACGAGUGCCACCGCCAAAAAAAUGAAGUCAACGUUCGUGGCGCUGAUAAUGGCGCUGACGCUUUUGCCAUUCAUCUUGUCACACAGCAACCAUGUUUACGUAUCGGUUAUCCACGGUCACGACCAAGGUUCGCUGUUGCCCAGGACCAUGGACAGGGCGAUGCCGCCGUCGGUGCGGGUGCUGUACGCGGAGAUGCCAGCCAAUAAGUUCAGCACGGGYGCCCUGGAAGCAGUGCUUGACCUGUGGGCGAACAAGACGAUCGUCGCGUGUCUGCUGCUCAUACCCGAACCGGUCGGAUCGAUGCCUGCGCUGACGGCGACUAACUACAAGAUACCCGUACUUUGGCUACCAUCGGUGCAGCGACUGGACCAGGAACGCUGGAACGAGAUGGUAGUCAGAGUAUCGAUAACACCGUGGGAAUUGUUUUCCGCGCUCAGAUCGUUUCUGUUGCAUACAGGAUGGCAUAAGUUUUACGUGUUGCACUCGAUCACGAUUGACGAAAGCGUCAAGACUAUGUUAAGCAUUGCACCGUUGAGUUACACAUCGGUGCCCAUAUCUUCGGACUCUUCAGACCUUAUGCUGUUCAGACAACUCAGGAGUGCGGUGCAUGACGUGCUGUCCGGACGAUCGAUUGGCCGCAGGGCCAAAGCCAACGCCGAGAAACCGGACCUCAGCCUCGCCGUCCGAUUCGACAUCAUGAAUUCGAUCACCAGCAACCGACACGCACCAAAUGGUUAUACGAGGGCUUGGAAGAAAGUCGGCACUGUCGGUCCGUCUGGCACCGGCGGUCAGCUGGUCAAGUUGGACUCGGUGGUAUGGGCCGGUGGGAAAAUGGUGCCGGCCGUUGGUUUGGGCAGACGGGCCGUGUACAGGGUAGUCACAGCCAUCGGUCCACCAUUCGUCAUGCACGCGCCCCUGCAACAGGAUCGCCAAUGUCUACGCGGUAUACCGUGUUACCAGAUGACGACAAACAAUAAGGACAACAUAACGAUGAUAUUCAAGGAUGUCAAGUUGGACGCAAACAAAAAGUCACUACCAGAGACGUAUUGCUGUUUUGGGUUGUCCAUAGACCUGCUAGAAAAGAUGUCGAAAGACAUGGAUUUUGAUUUUCACCUGUACUUGGUCGCUGACGGCACGUUCGGGUCCCGGAAGCUCCAGUGGAAUGGAGUGGUCGGUGAACUCGUGUCCGGUACCGCACACAUGGCCUUCUGCCCGCUGAGCGUAACGUCUACGAGAUCGAAGUGGAUAGACUUUUCUACGCCAUAUUUCUACAGUGGCGUUUCCUUGAUGAUCGCCCCGAAGAGAAAGACUAAUGUACCACUGCUCGCGUUCCUGUUACCACUGAGCCCGAACCUGUGGAUCGCUAUAUUUGUAUCACUUCACGUAACAACAGUGGCAGUGGCGUUGUACGAAUGGUUCAGUCCGUUCGGGUUGAAUCCUUCCGGCAGGCAAAGAUCCAAGAAUUUCGGUAUGCCUUCGGCGUUGUGGGCGAUGUGGGGACUGCUGUGCGGCGCUCUCGUCAAUUUCAAAGCACCGAAAUCUUGGCCAAACAAAUUUUUAAUUAACGUCUGGGGCGGAUUUUGCGUUAUAUUCGUAGCUAGUUACACUGCCAACAUCGCAGCUCUAAUUGCUUCGCUUCUAUUUCAAAACGCCGAUGUGGAUUACAACGAUCGAAAUAUGUUUUUAAUGAAAGUUGGAUCGGCUAAAUCAUCGUCUGCAGAAGUUUAUUUAAAAGACAAGAAUCCUGCUCUAUGGCAACAUGUUCAAAAAUAUUCUGUUCCUGACACGGCGUCUGGCAUGCGAAUGUUAAGAAACGGUAGUUUGGACAUAUUUAUCGGCGACAAGCCCAUUUUGGACUAUUAUAGUGGAACAGAUCACGAUUGUAAGCUCCAACCAUACGGAGAUCCACUUUACGAUGACGUUUACGCAGUAGGAAUGACCAAAAACUUCAUCUUAAAGGAAAAGGUGUCUGCAGCUGUUUCAACAUAUAUCAACAAUGGUUUUAUGGAUAUCCUACAAAACAAAUGGUUCAGUGAUUUACCUUGCGUUAACCGCGAACCAGAAACAUCGGAUAUUGGACAACCGACACCACUGGGUGUAGACGCAUUUUUAGGAGUUUUCCUCAUGUUGGGCUGUGGAAUACUAGCGGGUGCCGUUAUUCUUUGCCUAGAACACGCUUUCUAUCACUACGCGUUGCCUAAACUACGGCAAAAGCCUCCAGACUCGAUAUGGAGAAACCAAAAUAUGAUGUUCGUCAGUCAAAAACUCUACAAGUUCAUAAAUAGCGUAGAACUUAUAUCGCCGCAACACACGGCCAAAGAACUAGUGCAUACGCUAAGACAAGGACAAAUCGCAUCGCUGUUUCAAAAAAGCGUGCGGCGAGUAAGUUUGCCUUUUAUGCAUCCGCAACACGCACAGAAAGAGUUUGAGCGAAGAAAACGGAAAGGUCAAUUCUUCGAAGUCAUCGAAGAAAUCCGAAGAAUACAAAGAGAAGAGAGAGAUAAUAAAAAACAAAACGUCAGAUUGACACUAUCYAAUUCUCCGACUGCUGGUCAAUCUCCGAAGCGAACGACGACGAAAUUCUUGUCGCCGGCCAGGUUGAGCCUCGGCAGACAUUAUAGCAAACAGAGAUCACGGAGCUCGGGGAACUUGAGUAUCCGUCGGUACAGUACGGAUGUGGCUAGUUAUUCGGAGACCGUGGGCCGACGUCURAGCCAGGGGGCAUCCAACAGCCCUCCAGACUUCAACACACGAAAACAACUUAUCAGACGGUCGUCGGGAAAUCCCAGCCCGGCGGACUCUAGCAGGAUGAGCAUAUUUUCCGCGUCAGAACUAAUCGGGGCGAAACUCAGUAAUAACAACUUGUAUGUGGAAAACGAUCUGCCACGCAGCCCCAACCUCCUGUCUCCCGGCGUAUUUUUUAGGUCAAGUUUUUCGUCGGACACGUCGUCAUCGCGACCCGACUUGGGCAUACAAUCGCGGAAGUCGAGCUACUCGCAGGGACCUCCCAGGGUGGUGAUAAACGGUGAACAGCAGCCGACGACUCGUCGCAAGUCGGACGACGAGCCACCAGCCACGCUGCCGAGGAUCGUGGAGGUGAAGAGGGCUCGCCGGUCCAGUGACGGGCACCGGCCRACCAAGAACCGCAAGACCGUGGAGGUGUUCCGGUGGCUGAGGCAAGCGCCCAAGACGGAACUGGAGGCGCUGAGCAAGAUGUCCGAGGACGAGAUCAAACACUGCAUAAUCCAAGCGCUCAAGGACAAGGACCCGACUUGAUUGCAAGUCGACGGCGGCGCAGUUGKUGGGGGUUGUGAUGAUGACGACUUCGACGCCGAAGACGCAGUCCCAUCGCAGUUGGCAUAACGCCAUCGCCGUCUACACUGCACAACGGUACAGCUGCAUAAGCGUCUAAUGAUUAUUAUURCAUAAGACGUAUUGUAAAUUUAUUAUUAUGAUAAUAUUGUGAUGAACGAAGAAAAAAAAAGCGCUCAUUGUUUUUGUUAUUACAUAGAUAUGUUUCUGUCUACGUUUUUUUUUUUUUUGUUUCUUCUGAUAAUAAUCUUGUAAUGCCAUUGAUAGUAUAUAAUUGUUUACAAUAUAUAUUGUACAUUUAAAUAUUUAAUAUUAAUAUUAUAAUGGUAAAAGAAGACUGUCCGGCCAGAUAUGUACGACAAGCUUGUGUUCGUCAUGUAUAUGAUUAUUAGGUAAGUCGAUGCUCAAGUGCGUAGGUUAAGUACCGCUGCGAUGCUGUUGCUCUAGUUUGGRAAAACGAGCGAGAUAAAGGGACGUCUCCAUUUUGACGAUAACGGCGAUAACGCGUUAUUAUUAAGAUAAUACCUAUUGUUGUAAGCGUAUCGAAACUGUUAUUCCAUAAAAUGUAGUCGUACAAAAUAUAAUAUUCUUUUAAAACGUGUUUAUAUGUUAAACUAUCAUUAUUACUAUAUUUUAAUUUAU